UGGGAAACAAGUGAAAAGUGCAUGUUCCACUAGAAGCAUACAAUUUAUUUUAUAAUUGUGUCAUAUCACAAGUUCUUAAUCGGAAAAUCCAGUGGAAUGACGUCGGAUUGGCAAUAAUCGUGUGAAACCAAAAGGAUAAAGUUUUUUUUGCAAAAGAAGUGACGCAUUUGCCUAUGAAAAUGGCUAUCAUAAGUGGUUUAAUUGGCUAUAAAGUGAAAAUGAUUGGCGCAUUAUUCCUGAUGUUCUGCUGUUGCUUCAGUUAUGCAAAAGGAGGCUGCCUAAGCUAUGGCCAUUCGUGUUGGGGUGGGCACGGUAAACGAUCGGGACCACCACCGCCGUCUGGGCGAUCCAUUCCCAGGACUCUCCCCGCACCACCCAUGGUUCCCGCUGAUCUGUGGUCCACUAUCGAACGCAUGAAGCCACCUGGAGGCAAAGGGACACUUUACGCAGCGCCCAACAACAUCUAUUAUCAACCACUGGGCCGCAUAGUUAAAGCUCCGUCGGUUUCGCUAGUGGAUCUGAUGGGACCUGAUUCAUCGUCGUCUACAUCGGUCGAAAAUGAUGAUUUGUCCUCGAAAUCCGACGAUGACGAAAAUAACGAAGAGCCUAGUCUAGACAACCACAAUCUACCGCCGUCUCGUGAAGAUCUACUGCGGCAACGACAACUGAGAAGGAAAGCAGCCCUAUUUGAAACCGCAACCACCGGAACAGGCAGCUCGAAUGAAGAUGACAUUGGUCAGCUGUUGUUGGAUGUGGCCGUUCCAGACAGGGGGAACAGAGAUCUGUUGAAGCUGCUGAAUUCUACACCGCCACGGAGAUACGACCAUAGCACGUAGAAACAAUUUCAUCAUCACUUAAGAAUGUAUAACAUUGACGGAAUAUAGGAGAUAAUGGAGCGUGGGACUGCUGGUAUACAUUUUACUCUUCGCUGCUAAAAGACAAGCGUUGUGAAGAUUGACAAAGUCAAAGUUUCUGAAUAGUAGAUUUACCGUUAACUCUAGCACAUGUAGGAUUAAAUCAAAGCAGUAUUUAUGGCCUGUACAAUCGCGAGCGCUGCCUACUGCAGGGCUGGAAGUAUGGCAGAACUCGCGACAACUCGGGGUGGUAAAAAAACUCCAAUCACUCCCUGCUGGAUAAGGAAGUAAAUGUGAAUGUGCGGAUAACAAAAAAAAAAGGGCAUGAAUUCUAAGGCGCGACACAUUGCAUUGGGGGCAUGCUACUAUCCAAUUAAAUGACUUGUAAUUAAUUGAAUUCUUAUGUAGAAGUUACUACAAUAAACUGUUCUGAUUGUCUAUGUUUAUAAGAAUGAAUAAAUAUUAAAUUAAAUGACAAAUUUUACCUUUAUGUAAAUAAAUAGGUAGUUCGUAAA